AUGGCCUCCCGGGAGCCGCCGGCCACCAGCAUCGCCCCGCCCGACGUACCCUCAGGGCUCUCGCUGUUUCUCACCAUCCCCUUCGCCUUCUUUCUGCCUGAGNAGAUAUUUGGGUGCUGGGUCUGGAUCCUGGUAGCCGCCACCCAGGUAGCAAACCCACUGCUGCAAGGAUGGGUGCUAUAUGUCUCACUCACCUCGUUCUUCAUCUCCCUGAUGUUCCUGCUUUCUUACUUGUUUGGAUUUUACAAAAAAUAUGAUUCCUGGAGAGUCCUGGACAGUCUGUAUGAAGGGGCCACCGGCAUCCUGUACAUGAGUGCUGCUGUCUUGCAAGCCCACGCCACCAUCGUGUCUGAGUUCAAAGGCCAGAACAACUACUACAUAAACACAGCAGCUACGUUCUUUGCCUUUAUCACCACCUUGUUCUACAUUCUCCAUGCCUUCAGCAUCUAUUACCACUGA